UCAGAUUCCAGCAGCGUGCAAAGCAGGAAGUCUUCACAUCAAACCAUGGAGUACAUCUAUGCAUCGAAGGAGAGCAACCACCCAACGACAAGGAUUGAAUUUAAUUGCUUUUUUUGCUCUUAAAAGCCGGUGAGAUGGAGGACAUGGUGACAGACAGCAGGGAUGACCCACAGACAGACUUUAUCUACUGUUUUGGAGCCAACACAGAGGUCCUUAAAUUUGGUUCCUGUCAGUUACAUUCUGGACACAAAAUUCUUUUUCUCAUCAUUCCAGGUAAUCCUGGUGUAGUGGGCUUCUACAGAACCUUCAUGCAAACACUACAUAGAAUGUUUGGCUAUCGCCACCCAGUGUGGGCUGUAAGCCAUGCUGGCCAUUGUGUACCUCCAGACUCCAUGGACAUGGUAGAAGAUGCAUCCUUGGCAGCAGAGGGAGAUGUUUUUGGUCUGAAUGGGCAGAUUGAACACAAGCUAGCCUUCCUCAGGAAAUAUGUUCCCAGAGAAACCGGCCUCAUCCUGAUUGGGCACUCCAUUGGCUGCUACAUUAUUCUGGAGAUGAUCAGGAGAGAUCCAGAACUCAAGGUUCUGAAGGCUGUCAUGCUGUUUCCUACCAUUGAGCGCAUGGCUCAGACUCCUCAGGGGAAGGUCAUGACCCCUGUGCUGUGUCAGAUGCGUUACGUGGCCUACCUGCCUCUCUUCCUGCUCUCUUUGCUGCCUGACAGACUCAAAACCAGCCUGAUCAAACUGGUGUUUGGGGGCAUUCACUCUCUGGACCUCAGUGUAGUCCAGCCUACUGUAGGUCUACUCAGUGGAGACUGUGCAGCCAAUGCUAUGUACAUGGGUGGUCAGGAAAUGAAGAAAGUUCUGGAAAGGGACAACAUAACCAUCAGGAAAAAUCUUGAAAAGCUUAUAUUUUAUUAUGGAGCUACAGACCACUGGUGCCCUAUACAGUAUUAUCUUGACAUCAAGAAGGACUUCCCUCAUGGAGAUAUCAGACUGUGUGAAAAUGGGUUCCGACAUGCCUUCGUCCUGGAUACAGGAAGAGAAGUUGCCAAAAUGGUGGUAGAAUGGAUCUCUGGAGAUCUGACGACGCAAGUCCUUUAGUCUUUUCUUGUAGUGAUGACCCUGAUCAGCAUCCACACCUGCCAGCCAUGUUCAGUGGCAAAGACUGAUUUUUUUAAUUAGCAGAGAUCAUGGAAUUGAUUUUAGAAUGAAGGUGCAAAGCUAUCAGAUAUAAAAUGUAAUAUAUACUGUAUUUAUAUCAUGGUGUAGUUUGCUUUGGAGUACGAUGAAAAAAUUAAGAUGACACCUGAUAAAAAAUGGUGGCACUCAAUGAUUCCAAUCUCUGUCAAACUAAUAAAUGUUUUCUAUUAAAACAUUACAGUGUUGUAUGCAGUAUCAGCCUCCAAAGAUAAAGUAAGAAGCCAUCAAACUAACUACUGUAGCACUUCUUCUUCUGUGAAUAUAAGUUCUUUCAUGUUGCCAUCUUGCUUUUUUUAAAUUUUGUGGUAUUUUUAUUUUACAUUCUUUUUCACAUAUACAGUUAUGUGUAUAUUUGAAUUCAUUCAUUCCAUUGUGUGAAAACUUAAACAGCAAAUGAAAUGUUUUUUCACCUGUUGUAUUUUUCAUUGACCGGCAUCUGUUGCUGAUACUGUGCUGUGAAACAUCAGAGCUGCCUAUGAUUGUAAUGAAAUCUUAUUGAAUAGCCACAGAUGUCAGUUAUAGGGUUCUAAGCACACCAUGGAAAACUAAAAACUAAUUAUACAUGUUGCAUACAGUAAUAUGUAGAAACUGAAGCUUAUGUAUGGUUGACAAAGCGAGACUCAAAUUUAUUUUUUAAGGAAAUUCUUAAACUAAUUUCAUUUCAAACUAGUUACUUGUGGACAAAUACAUGUAGCCUAACUUGUGCAUGUUGUUUUGAUGAUGCACUGCACUGACUUGGACUUUGUGUUCCUUUGCAGACAUUGUACCAACUAAGCUGCCAAAUAAAUGAUAACAGGUUUAGUAAAGAAAGGAAAGACA